CAACAACUGCAAAGCCAACAGUAUGUAUAAUAUAACAUAACAUCCACGUUUUUGUCUUUGUAAAAGACACAAAGACUCACUUUCCUACCUCGUUUUGACCGAUUUUUUGUACAGUACGUACAGGACUCUUCUUAUUCUCUUCCCACCCCCACGUGUGUUUCAUUCACCUUAAAAUCUUCUCUUUUCUCUUCCAAAAAAACCUCUUUUUCUUCUCCUCCAAUUCAAUGCCUCUUCACCUCUCUUAACUAACGAUAAACUUGUCUAUUGGAUUAAUUCUUCAUAUAUCAAUGAAGGGUGAAACAGUAAAUGUUACAUGGCUUAGUGGUUUUUGGCCAGUUCAACGCAAGAUUGGUUCAGAAGACAAAGAUGGAAUUGGAAUUAUGGCAUUUGAAGUUGCAGGGUUGAUGUCAAAGGUUGUUAAUUUUUGGCAUUCUUUGAGUGAUAAUGAAGUAAUGAAUCUAAGAGAAUGGAUAGUAAAUUCAGUUGGUGUUAAAAUGCUUGUUUCUGAUGAUGAAUAUUUCUUAAUGGAACUUACAUGGAAUGAGAUUCUUCAUAAUUUUCAAUCUAUAUCACAAUCUGUUGCAAGGUUAGGUAAAAGGUGUAAGGAUCCAAUAUAUCAUAGUUAUGAAAGUUUUGUUCAUAACCCAUCUCAAAAUUAUGUUCAAUGGUCAGGUUGGGAAUAUAGAUUGAAAAAGAUGGAGAAAAAAGUGAAGAAAAUGGAAAGAUUUGUUACUUCUAUGUCACUUUUGUCUCAAGAGCUUGAGGUGUUAAAAGAGUGUGAACAAACUUUAAGGAGAAUGAAGUUAAAUCGCGACAUGGUUGAUAAGGCAAAAUUGGUCGAGUUUCAGAAGAAGGUUAUGUGGCAAAGGCAACAAGUGCAAAAUGUAAGAGAUUUGUCUCCUUGGAGUAGAAGUUAUGAUUAUAUUGUUAGGUUGUUAGCAAGAUCAUUGUGCACAAUUCUUGAGAGAAUCAUAUUUGUGUUUGGAAAUAGUCAUUUACCAAUUGAAAACCAACAAAAUGAUUCCUCAAGAACAAUGAACUAUACUAACAAUCGUCUCGGCCGCAACAAUUCUUUCCCGGCGGCUCUCAAUGUCAUGCAAUCUUCGGUUCAUCCUUCUGAGACGAAUCUAAACGAAUUUUUUUCAGGACCUAUUGGAAGAAAGAACAAGAGCAAGAAAAAGAAGAAAGUGCAACAAGUGCUUCAAUCACAAGAUUCAUGUGAAAAGCUUCUUUCUUCAGAAGGAAAGCAAUUGAAGUAUAUUGGAUCCUUCAAAGGUUGCAUAUCAAUUCAAAACGAUUCCGAUUACCAUGUAGUACAGAGUUGUAUUCCAUCUAACGGUGGUUCUACGCGGAAAAACAUCGAUGUGAAAACAAAACCGGUAGUUAAUAAAUCGUCUUUCUUCCAUAGAAGUAGAGUUUAUUUUAAACUAUCACUCAAGGAAAAGUUAAAGCCGGUUCCAUCAACCCUCGGUGAAGCAGCUUUAGCUCUACAUUAUGCAAAUGUGAUUGUAUUAAUAGAGAAGAUCGUGUCAUCACCUCGCGCGAACAUGAUCGAUGUUCAAACGAGAGACAAUCUUUACAAUAGGCUACCAACGACUAUAAGAACAGCUCUAAGGAGUAAGCUUAAAUGGUAUGCCAAAGGUAAGCUUGAAACAGAAUGGAAUGUGGUACUGACACAGAUAUUGGAGUGGUUAGCUCCACUUGCACACAACAUGGUAAAGUGGCAUUGUGAGAGGAAUUUUGAGAAGGAAUAUACUAGUUUGAAAGCAAAUGUUUUACUUGUACAGACUCUUUACUUUGCAAAUCAAGCAAAAACUGAAGCUGCAAUGGUUGAACUCCUUGUUGGUCUUCAUUAUGUAUGCAGGAUUGAUAAAAAGCAGGUUCUAGAUCGUUUAAGAAGGAAUUAGUUGUGUAACAAAUGUUUGUAUAUACUAUGUUUCAUAUUGAAGGACUUUACAAGUAGAAUAGUACAGAACAAAUAGUUGAAUCAUAGUACAAUAUUUUGUUUUGUAUAUGGAUACUUUUUUUAGUAAAUCAAAUGAUUCCUA